AUGCUACAUUCCUCGCCUGCGCGCGGCUCGGCGUCCGCUGCUUCCUCCGCACCUCAGCCUGGACAACAUGUGGAAGCUGCAACCUCUUCAUCUGAUACCUCACAAGGCACGCGAUCACGAGACAGCUUGGAACGAGAAUAUGGAAGCGACAGUCUUAAGCCACCCGCUAUGCAGCCUACGGAACCGAUAUCGCUGCAUCAACAGCAACAACAAGAAGAACAGCAGUCAUUACCACCACCACCAGCAACACAGUCUUUCUACCAGAGGUACUUCACAAAGCAAGACGACUCGAGUAGCGACACAGAGAAGAAAACAGACUCGAGACAUUUCUCCCUUCUAGCUAUCGGGUCCAUAGUAUCCACGGUCAUGGUUCUGCUCGUGUUUGCAGGCAUCAUCGCUGCUGCUGUGGCGCUGAGUGUUAGGAAGCCUCGACCUGCGGAUGAAGGAUCUGACAAGCAUGAGGCACCGAUCAGACUAGCGAUCCCAUUCAACUUCCCCGAUCCGGGAUUGUUAUACGACAAUGGCACAUACUAUGCUUUCGCCACCACCAACGCAGCUGGAGUGCUCAACUACCCAGACAAGGCCAACAACGCGAGUCAGUACACCGUCGACUUUGGUCUGGCGAAUGUGCAGCUAGCGACGUCCACCAACUUCGUCAACUGGACUGUUGCUCCACUAAGUGCGCAACCUCUUCCAGCAGAAGGGAAGUGGACUCAGCUGGCACAGAAGGCUGCGAACCCAGCAAAAGUCACCAAACCAAAGAUCUCGAGCACAUGGGCCCCAGCAGUCAUACGCCGAGCAGAUGGCAAGUUCAUCAUGUACUACUCCGCAGCGCCUGGCUUCAAAGUUUCCUACAAGGUCAAUCAUCCUCACCCACAUUGCAUCGGUGCGGCGGUCUCCACUGGCGACUCCCCAGCCGGACCCUACGAGCCUCUGCCCGAGAGCCUCACUUGCCCGUGGGAACAAGGCGGCGCUAUCGACCCAGAAGCCUUCCGUGACCCAUCAAACGGCAAGCUCUACCUUGUCUACAAGAUCGAUGGUAACAACAUCGGCUCGGGAGGAGCUUGCGGCAACACUGUCUCGCCAAUUCAGAAGACACCAAUCAUGCUCCAGGAGAUGGCAGACGAUGCGGUUACGAAGGCCGGCGAACCAAUUGAGAUCUUCACCAACGAGAAGCAGGACGGACCGCUGGUCGAAGCACCUGUCCUCGCGCAGUCACCAGAGGGUUUGUACUUUCUGUUCUUCAGCUCGGGCUGUACGAGAUUGGACACGUACGCUCUCGAAUAUGCUACCGCCACACAUAUCAGAGGGCCGUACACGCGAGUAGACAAGAAGUUGCUCAAGACAGGAGACUGGGGUCUGGAGGCACCAGGCUCGGUCGGGAUUGCAGAAGAUGGGAACGGCGGUUGGAGCAUGGCGUUUCAUGCGAGAGUCAACUAUGGGGAAGUUGGGAGAGUACGAGCCAUGUUCACGACCAAGCUGAAGUUCGCGGGAACACAGGUCUGCAUGGAGAGGGACGAGGAGACGGUCGACUUACAGCAGCACGACAGCGAAUAG